AUGAGUGGGAACCACCGCCGUAUUGUACCAGGUCCCUCGCCUUCGGGGGAUGACCAUGACCAGGAAAACUACCAUGAUCCUGAAAAUGGCAGUCCACCCGCAGAGGAAGGGAAAGGUUCUACGUGGAAGAAGAGAGUUUCGACUGCUUGUCUGGCUUGUAAAAAGUCGAAGAGAAAGUGCUCCGGAACAUCCCCCUGCACAAACUGCCAAACAUUCAAAAGAGUCUGCAUAUUCGACGAAUCCCUCGACCAACGCCGCCGCGUCGCCGCAAAACGCACAGCAGACGAGCUCUCUUACCACCGCGAUCUCCUCUCAGAUCUAUUCAGGCUGGUCCGCGAAGCAAACGAACAAGAUGCCCUACAGCUGCUAACAAUAAUCCGACACAAUGCCCCCGCAGACGAAAUCCGCGCAUACAUCAAUGAAACACUCGCGUCACUCACCACCACAUCCGCAUCUACAUCUGCAGCCGUCAAGCAGGAAACUGUCGCAAAACUCGAAGAUAUGCGCCAGCUUAUCAAUGUCGAGGGCACGGGUCCUACUUUCAGAAGAAAGGUUAUGGAUAUCCAUUAUCUGUGUGACUCGGCGCCUUGUGAAGUGCCUGCGGCGCCGUGGACGAGGGUCACUGCGGAUGCGGAUCUGGUGUCGCAUCUGGUGUCAUUGUAUUUUGCGUGGGAUUGGCCGUUUAGUGCGGUCAUGGAUAAGGAGGUUUUUGUUAGGCAUAUGGCGAAGGGUGUGCUGGGGUCGGAGUUUUGUAGCCCAUUUUUGGUUAAUGCGCUGCUCAGUAAUGCUUGUUACUUCUCUGAGUUCUCCGAGGCUUAUGUUGUUCCUGGUGAUAUCUCUUCGAAAGGAAGUGAUUUUCUUGCUGAAGCAGAGAGGUUGAGAGAUGAGGAGAGUUCGCAGCCUAGUUUGGCAGGUUUGCAGGGGACUCUGUUGAUGUAUGAGAGAUAUGCAAUGUCUCGCGAGGACGAUCUGGGCUAUAUCAUGCUGCACGAGGCAAUCCGAAUGGGCGAGGCAUUGGGUCUGGUCGGCAGUACAGGACCAAGAAUGGCCUCGGGCGAGUUAUCCCAAGACAUGGAUAUCUCAUGCAAGAGGACAGCCUGGGGUUUAUUCAAUGUCGACACAAUGGUCCACACUUCAUUCCUCCGGCCAAGUCUCAUCGACCACGUCAACAUGGCCCGUCUCGAUAUCAACCAGCCAGAAGACAAAGCCCUGUGGCAGCCAUACCCAACUCAUCGCGACCCGCGCUCGUCAUUCUUCAGCCAGUACUUCGACGAAGCAUGCAACCUGUCGACGAUUGCGCGCGAUAUUUCACGCAGCAUGUUCGCAGACCACAGGAGUAACACCGCUCUCGGCCCCAUCCAUCACCAGAGCCGCGAGGAUUUAUACGACCGUAUCCGUCGCUGGCAUGAUCUUCUCCCAGAGGACUUUGAUGUCCGGUACAGGCCAGCUCCGCAUAUUAUCUUACUGAAAAUGCGCUAUCACUCCCUCAUCAUAAACCUCUUCAGCUGCAUCUCGGAAGACGAAGUCCCGCCCAUACCCUUCGAGCCCAAAACACCCGAAAGCCCGCCGCGUCACACCCCCGAGCGAAAAUACAACGCGCGGGAAGUAACGCAGAACGCGGCACGAGGCAUCGCCGCGCUAACGCGUCUGCACAGACGCGAGUUCGGUGUUAGUCGGGCGCAUCAGUUCGCGAUGUACGCGAUCAACCUUGCGCUGUUUACGAUGCUCGAGCAGGAAUCGUUCGAUGUUCUGGAUGAGGAUUUCCUCACUCUCGCGAGCGCGUUCUCGAUCGUUGCGAGUCGGUCUGCGCUAGGGAGGAAUCUGUUCCAUAUUUUCCGGCAGUCAGUCCGAGCGAAGGCGCAAGGGUGUCGGAUUCGGGAGGCGAGUUCUGUGCCUGAUGAGUUGAAGGAAUUGUUUGAUGAGGAGUCGAAGGCGAGGGGGUGUAAUCGAUUUGAUGAGUAUGCUGAUGGGCUUGAGAAGUUGAAUCAGAAGGAUAAGUAUCAUGGGAUUGGGGAGGGGGAUAGUAAGGGGUUGCAGGAUUAUCCUGGUCUUGGACUUUCAGAUAUGUUGGAUCGGUACGAGAGUCUUAGUCUUGGGAAAGACGAUGUGUUGGUUGAGAGGUAUCGGCCUGUUGGAUGUUAA